AUGGAUUUCGUAUGGAUUUUGAAUUCGUUAUAUCUCAAGAAAUGGACAACAUCCGAUGCCUGGAGGAAUACUAGGAACGCCGACAUGCGAUACUUGUGCGAUACCAGUGCAUUACAUCGCAAAAGAGUCAUCCUUUCCAAGGACGCCUUGUCUUCACAUGAUAGAAAUGCUGCAAAAAACGGCGAGUGUCUAGAUUGCAUCCUUAUCGAUCCAGGGGUAUCUCAUUCGUCCUGGCUCAGUUACGGAAAACCUCUGUUAUGGUUGUGCUGCCGUUGUGCUCGUCCAUAUCGAGCCCAAAGGGAAACUGCAUCCCCUAGCUAUCACAGAGGUACAUCCAGGCUUCAACGACCAUCUUCAAUUGCUGUAUCAGCUCGGCAAUUCCAGGAGAUGAGUACUCAGACUGGCCGUUACGUUACGCAAAGAUGUGCGCUCAAGUCUCGGAUUGCCAUGAAGUUGCUGUCCACCACAGCAGAGGAAAUUUCCUAUGCCUUCCUCAAGCCAUCGUACAACAACUUCAACUGGACGAAUCGCUAUGUUCCCAAUGAUCUGCGGAAACGCGGCUUCCCACUGGAAGACUUGAACAAGGCCAAGUAUUGCAACUAUGGCUAUGCACGCAAUAUUGCCUGCACCUGGGAAAUUCUGUGA